CAGACGUCGGCUGUGCGCAGGCACUGUCGAACUGACAGAGGCGGUGCGAUGAAAGGUGGUGGCGGCGGGGCUGUGAUCGAGCACCUGGUGUUCACGGCCAGUGCCGGGGAUGCCGACCCUCAGUCUCGGCCGGUGUUGUUGGUGGGACAGCUGCCAAAUCUGCAAAAGCUCACCUGGGGCCAAGUGAAAGGGAAGUUGCAGACCCGGGUGAAUCAGGAGGUCUGGCAGGCUGCACUGAGCACUUUGAAUCCAAAUCCAGUGGAUACCUGUUCUCUUUGGCUCGAUUAUGCUCUUGUGGCAGCACUCCCAUCCAAAGUCAGCCGCCACAACAGCCCUUCAUCAGCUCACUUUCUCACACGAUUGAUUCGCAAUUGCUCAUCUAGAAGAACCAACCGGUGCAUCGUGCUAGUCUGUGAAUACACAGAGGUUUUUGCAUCAGCUUGUGCGCUAACAAGGGCAUUUCCCCUAUUCACUCGGCGCACUGGAUUGCUGGAACAAGGAGAGAAACUCACUGUUACAGUAGAGUUUAUUCUGGUGGGAGAGAAUACCAACCCGCUUACUGAAUCUACUCUUGCGUGCCUGUUAAGUGCUGCUGAAGGCAUUCAAAUGGCCAGUCGCAUUGUGGAUACACCAUGCAAUGAGAUGAAUACAGAUGACUUCCUUGCGGAAAUUGAACUUGUUGGAUCUGAGCUGGGCAUUAUUCCCACUGUUAUCCGUGGAGAAGAGCUUAAUCACAAGGGAUUUGGAGGUAUCUAUGGAGUUGGAAAAGCUGCAGUGAACCCACCUGCUCUUGCAAUACUUAGUCACAAACCAGAGGAUGCUACACAAACUAUAGCCUGGGUCGGCAAGGGUAUUGUUUAUGACACUGGUGGUCUCAGCAUCAAAUCAAAGACAUGCAUGCCAGGUAUGAAGAGGGAUUGUGGGGGUGCUGCUGCCGUCCUAGGAGCCUUCAGAGCUGCUGUGAAACAGGGUUUUAAAGAGAACUUGCAUGCAUUGUUCUGCUUGGCUGAGAAUGCUGUUGGAGCUAAUGCAACAAGACCAGAUGACAUUCACCAGCUGUACUCUGGAAAAACUGUUGAGGUCAAUAACACAGAUGCAGAGGGUCGCCUGGUUUUGGCUGAUGGGGUGUCGUAUGCUUGUAAAGAUCUCAAAGCAGACAUCAUCUUAGAUAUCGCUACUUUAACUGGAGCUCAGGGUAUUGCUACUGGAAAAUACCAUGCUGGAUUGCUGACCAAUAGUGAAGAAUGGGAACGCGCCUGUGUAAAAGCCGGGCAGAACAGUGGUGAUCUUGUGCAGCCGAUGGUUUACUGUCCUGAACUGCAUUUCAGCGAAUUUACUUCUGCUGUGGCAGACAUGAAAAAUUUUGUGGCCGAUCGAGCCAAUGCUAUGAGUUCAUGUGCAGGCUUGUUUAUUGAAGCACAUAUUGGUUUUGAUUGGCCAGGAGUCUGGGUGCAUAUUGACAUGGCUUCCCCAGUCCACACUGGAGCACGUGCUACAGGCUAUGGGGUAGCACUUCUUCUAGCAUUGUUUGGUCGUGCAACAGAUGAUGCAUUAUUGAACUUUAUUUCACCAAUUGGUGUUAACUUCACUACAACAGGUGAUGAUUCAAUGGAAAAUUGCUCCAAAAAGAGACGACUGGUAUGAAUUCCGCUUGAGAUUAUGUUCGUUCUUUUUUGUAUGGAUUUGGAUGUGGACAAUUGCUGAGCCAGUGUGAGGCAUCUCUUUUGAAUUAAGCUUACGCAUUAGUAUUUAGGUUCACACAGCAUCUAUUUUAGCUACACCCUUGAUGGUGUAAAUUUGCCAGGUACUGGCAUUUAUAGACAUAAGUUGGAUCAUGUUUCAAGUUUGAAUUUCAAAUGGCCAGUAGAAAUCUGUAUCACUUUGGCUUUAUUACUAUAGCUUGUGAUUUAUUGGCUCGCAAAAAAAAUUGCAACUUUUUGCAUAACUUAAAUAUGAUUCUUCACCCACAUUCUAGGAUAUUUGAAUAUUUUAUUUUCAGUUUCAUUUCUCUUAAGUUGAGAUACACGGACAAAAAAUCUGAUCAUGUCCAUGCUUGCCUUGGGGGUUGGGUUUUGCAGCAUUUGUAAUUUCGUCUAUAAACUGAUUAUGGAUCACUCUUAUGGAUCUUCAUCAGUGGCUCUCAGCAGCUCUACUGCUUUUGUAUGCCCUUCCAGCCUACUGCCAGAUGUUACCAGAGGAGUUCAGUUCUCACCCCUUCUAAUGAGAGAAGGGUGACAGGACAGUCCCAUCACCUUGGAGCAAAUAAAUGGGCUAUAUUAAAGCUAAAGGAUUGUCACUGAAUCCAGGAAUUGUUUUUCUGUGUUGUUGGGGAAAAUGUCUUCAUUUGGCAUCCACUCAGGUAUUUAGACAAGGCUGCAGUACUUGAAUUACACUUCCAUGAUUCUUAAAGAGUACAUUUCAUAUAAAAUAAUAGUUAGCAGAGUUUUCCUUUUUUAAUUCAUUUUAUUUUAUUGAAGACUGUCUAAUUGAGUAGCUGUGCCUUCUAGGCCACUGUGGUAGUUUUGCCAACUUAGUGUGUCCCCUUGAGUCCAGGAGCUAGACUGUUGAAAAUGAUGGGGGCUGAGACCUCUGGCCAGUGUGAGCUGCCAUUGAGAACUAUGGGAGCCCCAAGGUUAAUGGGACUCUCCAUGGAUGCAGCAUAUUAAUCUAACUGCAUGGUAUCCUCGGGCUCAUAAAUCUAGAAUAAUUCUCAGGCCAAUCUGAAGUUGAGGCUUUGCACUUUCUUCCCUGUCAGCAUAGGAAUGAUCACUAUUGAGAAGCCACUGGAGCAGUAGAGCAAGAAGAGGUACCCUACAUGACGCUCUCUGUGAACCAUGAAAGUAACAUAUUUCCAAAAAUAUCAGCAAAUUCUAGUUGGUGUAUUUUUUCUUUGUGUAAAAGAUACACACCGCCCUUUUAAAAAUUUUGCUUCAUCUCAGACUUGCCUUCCCUUUUAAGAAUGCCACGUGUCUUAUCAGUCUUACCAAACUUUUUAAUCUGACUUGAUCAAUGCCUUAAACAUGCAUUCUUUUAGGAAAACAUAGAUGCUUUUGUGUGUACUAUGGCUGAAAGAUCAUGGGAUUUUAAAAUGAUAUUAAUUGAACUGAAAAUCCAGAUGUGAGCUUCGUUAAAGAUUGCAAUGCCUUUAUUCCCACCAUUUCUUACAUGGUGUCUGACAGGGAUUGGGGAUUAUAUUAUUCUGGACAAGGUCAGGUUUUUUACUUCAAUGAAAUGUAUUUACUUUAGAAACUACUGUUGGCCAGAUUUGCACAGUGGAGCCCAUAAAGCUUGAGAUCGAUUGUUGGAGGUCACAUUGAUUGCUUACAAGGUGACUCAAACUCUGUCUUUCUCCCUGUCGCAAGAAUGAAAAAGAAGAAUUUUUGCAAAUGAGUUAUAUGAAUGCUGCUCAGUUUAAAUUUAGAGAAUUAAUCAUGUCUGAUUAAAUCUAGAAUAGCUAAAAGUUGUAAUAAGUUUAUCAAAUUUGUCUUGGCUCUACCUCACAUAUACUUGUAAAACAAUUUAUGUGAAGAUUUGUCUUGUCCAAACAUAAAGCAAUUUUUGUAUAGUUUUAUGUAUUUGAAAUGAUGCAUAUAAAACAAUUUGACACUU